CCGUGCGUUCCUGAAGUUUCCUGUUCCGGUAAUUUGUUCAUUCACAACGCGGAAAACAUGGCGUACCGUGGACAGGGCCCAAAAGUCCAAAAAGUGAUGGUACAGCCCAUCAACCUGAUUUUCAGAUAUCUGCAGAAUAGAUCACGAAUCCAAGUGUGGCUCUAUGAACAGGUGAACAUGCGUAUAGAAGGAUGCAUCAUUGGAUUUGACGAGUAUAUGAAUUUAGUGUUGGAUGAUGCAGAGGAGGUUCAUUUGAAAACAAAGAACCGCAAGCCGCUUGGCCGCAUUAUGUUAAAAGGAGACAACAUCACUCUGCUACAGAGCGUCAUGAAUUAAGAAGAGCCGUUUGAUGUUUUUUUGGUAGCAUCAGUGAAAAAAAAUUGAACUUUUUUUUUUUUACAUUUUUUUUUCUUAUUAAGUAUUCAUUCCCGUCAAUGUAAUCCAAGACAGAAGUUAUUUGUACUGCUCUACUGAUGUGUGAUGCCAGACACUUGUAUACUUGGCUAUUUAAAUGUCAUGGUUGUUUUUGAUAAAUAUUUUGAAAUAC